UUCACAGCUGUGAAUUGGUAUCUCUGUUUAAGAGAGCCACACUGUUGAAUACUCUCUUUGAAAGGCACGUGGAAGCAUUCUCUGUUUAUUUCUUAUUUGCUGGCCAAGGCACAAGACAUUCUUCCGAAAUGAAGUGGACCACAGCCAAUUUGAAAAGUCCAAAUUACACCGAAAACCAUGAAAUUUAUGUGGGAACCAAAACGGGGACCUUCAAAAAGUUACUCCCUGCGUAUGAAGACAAGCCCUUUAAGCAAUCCAACUUACAAGACCUCAACGAAUUGGACAAAGAUUCGCACAUAACCAGCUUAAGUUUUGCGAAUGCCAAUAAAUCGGAGAUACUUAUUGGUCGGGGAAAGUCCACGGCACAGGUGCACUCGGUACGUACCGGUCAUACACAAUACACCAUUGAUUUCGAGGAGUCUCCCAUUGCGGGCUUGGCGCGUUAUGAUAACUGUGUUGUUGCUGGCUUCGGUAAUGGACACAUACGCAGUGUGGCCAUAAACGAUGAUGGUGACAUUGAUGAAGAACAACCCAAACUGCUGUUGGACAAAGUGGGUGAUGAUAUGUCACGUUUAAGACAGUGUCCCAGUGAUCGCAACAUAGUUGCUGUCGGUGGCAAGGGCAGACAAAACAAUCUGAAGAUUUUCGAUAUGGCUGCAGGGGGAAAGCAGCUGUUUACAUCAAAGAAUUUACCCAAUGAUUACUUGCAACUUGAGGUGCCAAUAUGGGAUUGUGAUGUGGGAUUCUUUGAUUCUCCGCAUACAUUGGCAACAUGCUCGCGUUAUGGCUAUGUACGUUUGUAUGAUACAAGAAAACAAAGACGUCCAGUUCAGUGCUAUGCCACGGAAGAUCAAAUGAGCUUCACCACAUUGGCAUCAAAUGGAAAUUACAUUUACACCGGUACCACAAUGGGGGCAUUGAAGGCUUUUGAUAUCAGACGCAUGAAAACCUUUGUCCAUACCUAUAAAGGUUUUACGGGAGGCAUUAGUGACUUGCAUUUGGAUGCUUCGGGCAAAUAUUUGGCUUCUGCCUGUUUGGAUCGUUAUGUGCGUGUACACAAUGUGGACUCCUGUGUUAUGUUGUAUCAGUGCUAUGUCAAGUCUAAAGCAACCCGGGUACUUCUACGUGAAUCCAUGGAAAAUCCUAAUGCCGCGGAAGAUGGCGAAGAGAUGGAAGAUGAUGAAAACGGCGGCAAAUCAAAUGGUAAAAAUAAAAAGAAAGCCAACAAAACCCAAGGAGGCAAUGUAUCCGAGGAUGAAGAAUAUGAAAAUAUGUUUGAUAAUAUGCAGACAAUAUGUGACAAUGGAAAUGAUGCCCAAGACGAUGAGAAUAAUAGUGACGACGACAAUGAGGAUGGUGAAGGAGACAGUAGUAAUGAAGAAGAACCCGAAGAAAAACAAAAAUCCUCCAAAGUUGGCUCGAAAAGAAAAGCCAAAGGAAAUGCAAUAAAGAACAAGAAGAAAAAGAAUUAAGCGCCUGGUUAAACUGAAGAUACAUUUAAGUUAAUAAAUAGUUGUAACAUAUUUUCAAGUCCCCUGUGUUAUAGAAAUUAUCUUUCAAGGUAUGUGUAAUUCCUUUGGUGGGGCUCAGUUGAUUUUUGUAUAAGCUAAUUAAACUUAACACUUAAAAUAAAAAAAAAA